AUGAAAGUAGAGCCAGAGCAUAACAAUCCGAGAGACCCCUUUGCAUUGAAAGUUGUAAUGCCUGCCCUUAAUGACAUUCCGGCAGAGUACCAUGAUAACUCAACUCGGGAUGCUACUUCUUCAAGGCCGAGACAGACUGUCCGGCAAAUUGCUGGUGAGUCUCUUAAAAGCCAUUGUGAUUGUUCCUAUCCCGUUGUAACAUUUUAUUUUUUAGGAAAACAAGUGGGAAGAGUCCCUGCAAACCUUUGCAGGGCCUUCUUCCACAUGUUGGAGAGGAGGCUCGUGCAGAGCAUAACUUGCAAAUAUAUGGGUGUAGUUGGUCACAGUGCGCGUCCGGCUGUAAACCAGCGAUACCAGAGGAAUGCUGCGGGCGCAGACCGUCCAGGAGGGGGUGUUGACCUUAAUUGCCAGUACCUGUUCCACGUGGAACAUCGACAUUUUGAAACGGCCAUGAGAUUGUUAGAGCAGUACGUCCCAAUGAACGACCUGGAUAGUAGAGUUUACGCGUGACACAUUAAACGAAACACCGCAAUGGUGCAUAUUUGAAUCAAAGGAUAUUUCAUUUGAUAUCAUAAUCCCAUUGCCCUGCGAUCAGAAAUGAACUAUAACAAAUAAUUAUUAUACGAAACAGCUUAUUACAAAUAAGUUUUUUUUUCAACUUUCACACUAACUUAUGAGAUUCUUUGUAAAUAAUUGCAAAGAAUAUUUGUAGCAAUUUCUAGCAGAGAAAUCAUAAGAUUUUAAGGUAACAGAUUUUAGGUCUCUUGUGUCCUGGGAUUUUUUAUCAUCAGUUAGUCUCAAUGUACGAAUUAGUGAAUUUACAUAGAAAAAAAAUAUCUCGAAAUUUAACUUGUUAUUCUCUUAAAUACUGAGGUGGAUAUAGCAUUAUCAAAUGUUUCGUAAAUUUUGCGAAGUACAUUUAAUAAAAUAUAUUAACAUAUUCCAGUGUCUUUGUUAUAACCAUAGGCGUCGGAACCGGGAACUUUUUGCAAAG